GACAAAAAAUGGAACACACCAGCAGUGUGAGGAGACCUGAAAGUGGCACAUGGCAUGGCAGAGUGUGGCGAUGGAGACAGCAGCAAUGGGAGGCCGUACAGGGACCCAUGAGACACUGUGGACCUGGCAGCAGCAUGAGGAGGCGGUACAGGGGCCCAUGGCAGAUUAGGGGCCUGGCAAGCAGCUAUGGGAGGCCCGUAAUCUGCCAGCACCCUAUGACAAAAAAUGGAACACACCAGCAGUGUGAGGAGACCUGAAAGUGGCACAUGUUUGGGGCAGUUGAUUCAUGGCGGAUUUAGUCAUUAGAGUGUUUCAUGAACUGGUGG